AUGAAGUGGCUCUAUCUGUUUGCCGGACCACCCCCAACGCUUUCUGCAUCACUUCGACAAUGCCAAACAAAUCUGAAAUCCCAUCAACUAUCUGCCCUCAGCUUUCUACUGAGGAACGAGCAUCCCAACAACAAUACCAAAGACUUGUGGUACCACGACGACAACGCCUGGCUUCGUCACUACUUUGACGAAGAGUCUGUGUCCAGCGAGACAGAACCCCCCGAAGAUGACAGGUCGCAAGGUUCAAUACUUGCUGAUGAUAUGGGAUUAGGGAAGACGUUAACAACACUAGUGUUUUCAUCAGGCGUAUGGGCGCCGAAUGGUGUCUACCUGUUUACCUCUUAUAGGGGACAGGUAGACCAGGUAGACCAUUGGUCAUUGGGCCUUUGCCUGAUUUUUUGA